CAAUACACAAAGAUUAUUCCUUUUUUAAACGUAGAAAGAACACCUUCUAUGCUGCCGAUUCUUCAUCCUCAGGCAUUCCAUUUCCACUCAUACCAACACAAACCAACCCCAACUCGUCUUUUCAUUUCGAUAUGCAAAUCAUCACAUCACAACUCACAACUCACUCGUCAAACCAGGUAAUUAGCGGAAUAACGAUGUCGAAUUCAGCACCAGAAGAUGAGACAGCGAUUCUUCCCGAAUCGAAAAGAUUAAAGCAUGGAAACGAAAACGAAGAUAAGCUUAGUGAUUUACCAGAUUGUGUUAUUCUUCACAUAUUAUCGUUUUUGAACGCCAAAGAAGUAGUUAGAACUUGCAUUUUGUCCACGAGAUUGAAGAAUUUUUGGAAACGUGUUCCUACUCUUGUAUUGCAUUCUACUGAUUUUUCUACUUUCAAGAGUUUUACCAAAUUCGUUUCUAAGAUUUUGUCACUUCGUGAUGGUUCUAUUGCACUGCAAACUCUUGAUUUUGAACGUGUAGGUAGUAUUGAGCCUCACCUACUUAAAAGAAUUGUGAACUAUGCUUUUGCUCGAAAUGUUCAGCGAUUCGGAAUGUCUGUGAAAGGUGAUAUUUGUCAUAUUCUUCCUUGUAUUUCUUCGUGUCGGACUUUGACUUCUCUUAAGCUUUCAGUUUCGCCUAAAGGGCGUCAUAAUUAUGGGCGAACGAUGUUUCCUAAAUCGUUGGAUUUGCCAGCUUUAACAAGCUUGCAUCUAGGGAAUUUUGCCUUUUGUGCUAGUGAAAAAGGCCGAACUGAGCCCUUUUCGGCUUUUAACAAGUUGAAUAGUUUGGUAAUUGACAACUGUACAGUGAAAGAUGCACAAGUUCUUUGCAUAUUAAGUGAGACACUUGUCAAUUUGACUAUGCGUAAUCAGUCUUCGGAUCUUUACAAAAUCGAGCUGGCUGCUCCAAGUCUUUGCAUGUUUACUUUUUGCGGCACCCCUUAUCAGAAGCUUUGUGGAAGCAACCUUUCUUCUGUUGAAGAGGUAAAUAUUGAUGCAGAAAUGUUGUCAAACUAUACAGAGCCUCCUUUGGUUUUACUUAGCUGGCUGCUAGAGCUUGCUAAUAUCAAAUCAUUGACAGUCUCUGCAAGUACUCUUCAGGUUCUCUCGCUAAUUCCUGAUUUACUGAAGGAUAAGCUCACUUCCUUGUGUAACUUGAAGUCACUUAAAGUACAAAUGAAACCACUUUCAUAUGGGUUAUCCAUGACACUGAGAACUGCCAAGUUACAGAAAGAAUCUAAAGCAGGAUCAGAACCAUCUUCAUCCAUACCUGAUGGAAUAGUGGACUUUUUGAUUCAAAACUCACCAUCGGCAGAAGUUGACAUCAUAGAUUGCUCAAGGUUUAGCAGCUCCAUCGACCAUCUACCUCCAUUUCCGGUGUCUUCCAUUUUUCCUCAAUUUCUUCAGCCCUCUUCCCGUGAGGUUUUAUGCAUAUUCCAGAUAAUUGAACAAAAAAUGUUGCAUAUUCCAGUCUGUUGUGGAUGACCUGCGGCAGCGGAUACAACAGUUAGAGCAAGCAGUAUUGCAAGUGCAGCUGUAUAUUCAACUAGCUCACGAGGAGAUAUCUCGGGAGAGGGACGAAAUGUCUGCCAUCCAAGGGCAUAUGACAAUGCUGUCAAAGACCCUUGCUGCCCUGAAGCGGCAGAUGCAGACUAUGGGACUGUGGCAAUAAUAUCAAGACCACCAAAAAUGAGUUUUUCUACUAGGUUCUUUGAUACUAAAAAAUAUAUAUAAAAAAUUAGACUUAUCAAGUUAGUCUUUACAUAAAUUUUAUUAAAUAUUUGCUUUAUAGAGACUAUUCUGUUAUCUAUUAAAAAUGAGACUAACUUCUCUA